UGAGCGAGUGUCUGGAGGGGAGGACUCGGGAGCGCGACCAGCCGAGGGAUCGAUCGGAUUAAACUCGAUUUGAGUGAAAUUAACACAAAGGAGAGAAGAGCAACGCACACUUGUCGGCGAGGUCGCGGAUGCGAGACACGCCAGAGAAAUAUUUCAUGAAUAACAAACUUGAACUUUUUUCCUGUUUAUUUAUAUUUCAAACGGGAAAGGACCACGGUGGAUUUUUUUCAAGCAAGCGGAGAUACUAACCCUACUAACGAGGAGUUGAUUUGAUAAAAAGCCCGAAGUGACUGAGCUUGUUGGGAACCAUAAUUGGGACCAUGGAGUAGCAAGCUUCAAAUUAGUAGCUAGCUGAUUAGCUCCUCACUGCACAACACAACUCCCUCCAUCCAGUGCCCUCCAUCUGUGGGCCCCCCACACAGCCAUGGCGGACCCAGGGAUGUUGAGUUUGUUUGGGGACGAUGCAGGUCUGUUCUCAGAUGGAUUAGAUGGUUUAGCAGACUGCUUUCCUCAGCAGCCUGCCCCUGCCCAGUCCAACCCUUUAGCCCAGCAGACUAAUCCCUCUCUGAACCAUGAGCACCAGGGAAACCGGGGUUUCCACCAGGGGAUGAUUCAUGGUGCUGGGCCCGGACCAGGCCAGCCUAAAUUGGGACAAAUGUACGACCAUGGCCCAUACACGGGCUACGAUCAACCUGGUGCCCCCGCAGGACGAAUGAUGGCCCAGAAUGGUCCCAGCCAGGGGCCACCAAACGUGAACGCGGCCAUGAAUGGCAUGGCCUCCCACUACCAUAAUAACCCAGCUAACUCUAGCAACCCCCACCUUGGGUACCCAGGUGAUGCUGGGGGAGGUGGGGGUGGAGUUUGGGGCCAGCAGCAGCAGCAGCCGCCACCGCCGCCACCACCACCGCCGCAACAGCAGAGCCGAUCAGCUUAUCAGCAGCCUCCAACACAACCAGGUGCCGGCCCCAAUCAGAUGGGAGGCUACCAGAUGUCUCAAGGCAACUAUGGUGGGAUGCAAGGCCCACCUACACCCAAUGCAGCUCGCAUGAACCAACACUACCCUCCACAGAGCAUGGCACCCCCUCCACAGAGCAUGGCACCCCCUCCACAGAGCAUGGCACCCCCUCCACAGAGCAUGGCACCCCCUCCACAGAGCAUGGCACCCCCACCUGCUCAGGACCCAUCUCACUACCUGGGACAUGUUGGAAUGGGGGGUGCCCAGAUGCGUCACCCCCAGCCCCAGUCACAGCCCCAGCCCCAGGGUUAUCCCAACAUGGGCCACACACCCCGAUACCCACACUCUCCCUCCCGACAGUCUCCACACCCCCACCAGCAACAACAGGGUAUGGGGGGGUUUGGGGGUGGCCAGUACUCUGCCUAUCAGGCCCAGUAUGGAGCCAUGGGAGCUGGGAUGGGCCAGGGUGCAAAUGCUAAUGUAAAUGCUAACUCCAGCCAGGCCAUGGGACCAGGGCAGCUUGGCCAGAGGUUUAACCAGGGAUCAGGCCAAGCAGCUGGGCAACCAGGGCAGCGAUACCCCCCUGCACCAGCACACCAACCCCAGACCCAUUCUGCCCCAAUGCAGCAGCAGGCAGGGCAGCAGGGUCAGCCUAUGCACCCCCAGAAUCUUAGCCAGGGCCAAAACCAGCCCCAGUCUCACCUUGCCCCCCCAGCUCAGGGAUCUUACCCCUCCCCCUCAUCCAUGUCCCCCAUGCGGGUUUUGGGAACCCCAACACCUCCUCCCCAACAAGGCAGACCUCCUAGCACAGGACUAGCUGUACCUCCAGAGGUUGCAGGGUACACAGCCCUGCAGUCGCCACCCAAUGCUAUGACCCAGAGAACUCCCCAAAUCCCUCUGUCUGCCCAACACCAGCAGCCCCACAACAUGCCCCCCAAUGCUGGGCAAAUGUAUCCCGGCAUGGGGCCGCAGCGUGGUCCACAAAUGGGGCCAAAUAUGCCUCAGCUCCAGCAACAGCAAGGGCCUCAUGAAGCUCCAGUCAGCCAGGGGGGGGAACAGCGUCUGCUCCAGGCCCCGCAGCAGGCCUCUCGAAGUGGACAGCCCCUGCAGUCCACUCCCAUGGGUUUCCAGGGUCCGUCUGUCAGUCAACAUGGAAUUCCGGCCCCAAACCAGGGCUUGACACCACCCGCUCAGACGCAGUCGACACACAUGCCCCCUCAGCCCCACCACCUGCAGAGCACGCCCCCUCUCCCCAACCAGGCCUCCCACCCAUGGGCGCCUCCCGCCUCCCACCCGCUCUCCUCACCCCCUCUUACCCCACAGAAAGUGCCUCAUGUACAGCAUUCCCCCACCGACCCGUUAGGCGAUGCCUCAAUGGUGGUUCCCGACAGGCUGACAGUCGGAGGUGGUGCGCUUGGUCAGCCUAUCAGCACAGAGCAGCUCAGCGACCAGGGGACCAAGCCAAAAAAGAAAAGGAAGAAGAAAGCAAAAGUAGUGGACGGACAGGAAGAGGAGGGGGGGAAGAAGGCGGCAAGAGAAGGAGCCGGAGGAGAGGAAGACGUGAUGUCUGAAUUUCGCGGAACAGGAAGUGAUGCAGGUGAACAGGUUACUGGCACAGGAAUUGUAGAAGGAAGUUCACCACUGGUGGAGGAGAAGAAAAAGCGGAAAAAGAAACCAAAGGAGAAGGCGGAGGGCAAGGAGCCCAAGACCCUAAAGAUGCCCAAAACACCCAAGACCCCCAAAGAGCCCAAGGAGAAGAAAGCCAAGAGCUCCACGCCCAAGACAAAGACCUCCAAGAAAACCAGCAGUAAGAAGGUAGAGUCUGAGGGCGGGGCUAGCGCUGCUAAGAAAGAUUCCAAGAGGAAGAGAGAGUUGUCAGUCAGCGACGAUGUGGAGGUGAAGUCUCCUCCCCCCUCACCUGAAGACGAUGAUGAUGACGGUGUACAGAAGCGUCGCUCUAGCCGUCAGGUGAAGAGGAAGCGGUACACCGAGGAUCUGGAGUUUAGGAUCUCAGACGAUGACAGCGGAGACGACUCAGCAGCACCCAAGUCACCAUCGUCCUCAUCACAACAGCAGGAUGUGGCUGAGGUUGAGGGGCCCGUUGUGGAAAAGAUCAUGGUCAAACGCACCACCAAGAAACAGCUGGAGUCGGGGGAGGAAGUAGAGGUGGAGGAAUUCUACGUCAAGUUUAAGGGCUUUUCGUACCUCCACUGUCGGUGGGCAGACCUGGAGGAGCUGGAGAAGGACAAGAGAAUACACCAAAAGGUCAAGAGGUUUAGGGCCAAGCAACAAUUCAACAGCUUCAUAACAGAGAUGGAUGAUGAGCCUUUUAACCCUGACUAUGUGGAGGUGGACCGUGUCCUGGACGUUUCAGAGAGCACAGAUGAAAACGGAGAGACGGUGACCUUAUAUCUGGUGAAAUGGUGCAGUCUGGCUUACGAAGACUCCACCUGGGAGCUGAAGGGCGACAUCGACCAGUCCAAGAUAGAGGAUUAUGAACACAUCGCAGCACGCACGCCCAACACUAAAAAAGUGGAUCGGCCUCCUGCAGCCGACUGGAAAAAGCUGGAGGACUCCAGGGACUACAAGAACAGCAACGCACUCAGGGAAUACCAGCUCGAAGGCCUCAACUGGCUAACCUUCAACUGGUACAACUCACGUAACUGUAUCUUGGCUGAUGAGAUGGGUCUAGGAAAGACCAUCCAGUCCAUUACAUUCCUCUCUGAGGUUUUCAAGAAGGGCAUUGAGGGGCCAUUUCUGGUCAUUGCCCCCCUCUCCACCAUCCCCAACUGGGAGAGAGAGUUCAGGACCUGGACCGAGCUCAACGCCGUUGUCUACCACGGCAGCCAGGCCAGCCGUAAGACCAUCCAGGCCUACGAGAUGUACCACAGAGACGCACAGGGUAAGAUAAUAAAGGGAGUGUACCACUUCCACGCCGUGAUAACGACCUUUGAGAUGAUUCUGACUGACUGUCCGGAGCUUCGCAGCGUGCCUUGGCGCUGUGUGGUGAUAGACGAAGCCCACCGCCUCAAAAACCGAAACUGCAAACUACUGGAAGGACUCAAAAUGAUGGACAUGGAGCACAAAGUUCUGUUGACAGGAACUCCUCUCCAGAACACCGUGGAGGAGCUCUUCAGCUUACUCAACUUCCUGGAACCCGAGCGAUUCCCUUCUGAACUGACAUUCAUGACUGAAUUUGGAGACCUAAAGACUGAAGAACAGGUUCAGAAACUGCAGGCCAUUCUAAAGCCCAUGAUGUUGAGAAGACUGAAGGAGGAUGUGGAGAAGAACCUGGCCCCGAAGGAGGAGACCAUCAUUGAGGUGGAGCUGACCAACAUGCAGAAGAAAUACUACCGGGCCAUUCUUGAGAAGAAUUUCACUUUCCUGUCCAAAGGAGGCACAGGAGGCGGAGGAGGUGGCGGAGGAGGUGGCGGAGGAGGCGGAGGAGGCGGCGGAGCUGGCGUUCCCAACCUCCUCAACACCAUGAUGGAGCUGAGGAAAUGCUGCAACCACCCCUACCUCAUUAAUGGAGCGGAAGAGAAGAUCGCAGAGGAGUUCAGGGACUCCCAUGGUGGCAGGGCAGACAUGCCGGACAUGGCCCUCCAAGCCAUGGUCCAGGCUGCUGGCAAGCUAGUGCUCAUUGACAAGCUGCUGCCCAAACUGAAGGCGGGCGGGCACAGAGUCCUGGUGUUCAGUCAGAUGGUCCGCUGUCUGGACAUCCUGGAGGACUACCUCAUCCAGAAACGGUAUCCUUAUGAACGUAUAGAUGGCAGAGUUCGUGGUAACCUGCGGCAGGCCGCCAUCGACCGCUUCUCCAGACCUGACUCGGACCGUUUUGUCUUCCUGCUGUGCACGAGAGCUGGAGGGCUCGGCAUCAACCUGACUGCAGCAGAUACCUGCAUUAUCUUUGACUCUGACUGGAACCCUCAGAAUGACCUGCAGGCCCAGGCCAGGUGUCAUCGUAUUGGCCAGUCCAAGGCAGUCAAGAUCUACCGCCUGAUCACCAGGAACAGCUACGAGAGGGAGAUGUUUGACAAGGCCAGUCUGAAGCUGGGACUGGACAAGGCCGUGCUCCAGAGCAUGAGUGGACGAGAGAACGCCAACAGCGGGGUCCAGCAGUUGUCCAAGAAGGAGAUUGAGGACCUGCUGAGAAAGGGAGCGUACGGAGCUCUAAUGGACGAGGAAGAUGAAGGAUCAAAAUUCUGUGAGGAAGACAUCGACCAGAUCCUCCAGAGACGAACCCACACCAUCACUAUAGAGUCUGAGGGCAAGGGCUCUACCUUUGCCAAGGCCAGUUUUGUUGCAGCAGGUAACCGAACAGACAUUUCUUUGGAGGAUCCAGACUUCUGGCAGAAGUGGGCCAAGAAGGCUGAGCUUGACCUGGACGCCAUGAAUGGACGGAACACGCUGGUGAUUGACACGCCGAGGGUGAGGAAGCAAACCCGGCACUUCAGCAGUGCCAAAGAGGACGAGAUGCUCGAGUUCUCCGAGUUGGAAAGCGAAGACGACGAACCGAGCAAACCCUCAUCCAAACCACGACGGCCCCAAGACAAAACUCAGGGCUACCCCCGAUCUGAGUGCUUCAGAGUGGAGAAGAACCUGCUGGUCUACGGUUGGGGUAGGUGGAGUGACAUCCUGGCUCAUGGUCGCUUCAAGCGCCCCCUGAAGGAGGCCGAUGUGGAAAAAAUCUGCAGAGCUCUCCUGGCCUACUGCCUGCUGCAUUACCGUGGAGACGAGAAUAUCAAGAGCUUCAUCUGGGACCUGAUCACGCCAAGUGAAGACGGGACUACCAAGACGUUAACCAACCACUCCGGUCUCUCUACCCCAGUCCCUCGAGGCAGGAAGGGCAAAAAGGGGAAGCCAGCGGCCCCGGCUCCACAGACUCCAAGAGCUGAUUGGCUGGCCAGCUGCAAUCCUGACCACUUACUGCAAGAGGACAGCUACAAGAGACACCUGAAACAUCACUGUAACAAGGUGCUGCUGAGGGUGAGGAUGCUGUAUUAUCUGCGGCAGGAAGUCAUCGGCGACCAGGCCGAGCGUAUUCUGGAAGGAGCUGACUCCAGUGAGCUGGAUAUCUGGAUUCCCCAGCCUUUCCACGCUGAAGUCCCGGCCGACUGGUGGGACAGCGAGGCCGACAAAUCCCUGCUCAUCGGCGUCUUCAAACACGGCUAUGAGAAGUACAACUCGAUGCGAGCUGACCCCGCCCUGUCUUUCUUGGAGAGGGUGGGCAUGCCGGACGCCAAGGCUAUCGCUGCGGAGCAGAGGGGCUCCGACAUGAUGGCAGAUGGCGUCGAGGGUGAGGAUGAGGAUCCAGAGUACAAGCCACUACGAAUGCCUUUUAAAGACGACAUGGACGACUUCACUAACUCGCCUCUGGAUGACACUGUGGAAGGUGACGUCGAAGCUAAAUCAGGUGAAAACGGUCAAAGUGGGUCUGCUGUGGGCGGAGCUUUGGGCUCCAACGAGCGACUUUAUUGGCCAGCCGCCUCAGCUCUGACUGCCCGUCUACGUCGCCUCAUCACAGCAUACCAGCGCUCCAAUCGCAGGGAGCAGCUCCGCCAGGAGGCCCUCAACCGGCCCGAUGGUCGCAGACGACGACGCAGGGACUUCUUGCCUGCCAUCGGCAUGGUUACUGAUACAGGAGGAGGGGCAACUUACAUCCAAGAUGGAGCGGGUGUGUUCUUGACAGAAGGAGGCCCGUAUCUGGCUAAAGGAAGUGCCUACUUUGCCAAAGGUGCACAGUUCAUGCCAGAGGCGUCGCCAGUGAUGACCGCCAGCUCCCUGAUGACUGAUGGAGCCAUGUACUACAAGGAGAGAAGACAAAGAUGGACUCGUCGUGAGGAGGCUGAUUUCUACCGCGUAGUGUCCACCUUCGGAGUCGUCUUUGACACCCAGCGUCAGAAAUUUGAUUGGGCACAGUUCAGGGCCUUUGCUCGACUGGACAAGAAAACGGAUGAGAGUUUGGAAAAAUAUUACUAUUCAUUCAUUGCCAUGUGUAAGCGGGUCUGCAGAAUGCAGGUCAAGACUGAUACAGAACUUCCAGACCCAACCCUGAUCAUCGACCCUAUCACAGAGGAGCGUGCCUCCCGCACCCUGUACCGCAUCGAGCUGCUCCGGCGCAUCCGGGAGCAGGUCCUCCCCCACCCACUGCUCUCUGAGCGGCUCAAGCUCUGCCAGGCCUCCCCAGACCUCCCGGAGUGGUGGGAGUGUGGGUCCCACGACCGGGACCUCCUUCUGGGGGCCUCUAAACACGGCGUAAGCCGGACAGAUUAUCACAUUUUAAACGACCCUACCUUGGCCUUUCUGGAUGCCCACCAGCGAUUUACCAGCCAGAGAGUGUCUGGGGUCGGCAUGGGAGUCAAAGGAGAGAUCACCAAAGCGGGGAUGGGAGCAGCAGAAGGCUCCCCUGCACCCCUCCUCACCUCUGCAGAGCUGGCGAGUGCCGCAGCUGCAGCCACAAUUGCUGUUCAUGCAGCUAAAGAGGAGGAGGGAGAAAGGAAGGAGGUGAAGAUUGAGAUGGAAACGGAGCAAGAAGAUGCCAACGACAUUCCAUGUAGCAAGGAAAAUGAGGGAGAGGUCAGAGAAGGGAAAGAUGACAUCGCUGCUUCACCGAGAAAGGAGGUGAAGCAAGAGGAGGAGGCCCAGCCAAAAGUAGAACAAGUGGAGCAGAAAGAUGAGCUGAGUGGAGAAGGAGAGAAGAGUUCAGAGCCAGCAGAUGACAAAGAAGUAACAGAAGAGGAGAAGAGUUUGACUCCUGUUGAUUCUCCCAGGGACCAGACGGAAUCAGCCACUGAGCUCCUGGAACAUCCCGACUCCUCUGCUAAAGCACAACCAGACCCCAAGACUUCAGAGCAGGAAGACGAAGAGGAGAGGGAGAACCCAGAGUCUCCGAAAUCUCCAAAGUCAGCUGACACAGAGAAAAGCCCAGAGGAGGAGGAGGAGGAGGAAGAGAGGCUGGAUGAAGAUGACAAAUCAGAGAAAUCGUCUCAGGCUGAAGCGAGUGCUGCGUCAGAGCAGAAGAACUUUGAUGAGGAGAGUAUCGCGUCCCUGAGCACGUCGGCCCAAAAUGAAACCAGAGAUGGCUUCUGCCCCGACGACCUGCCGGAAACCUCGGCGCUGCAGGCCUUACAGGACCGCGCUUACGCCUUCUCAUUCUGGCCUAAGGACCGACUGAUGAUCAACAGGAUGGAUAACAUCUGCGAGGCCGUCCUGAAGGGCAAGUGGCCUGUCAACAGACGCCACAUCUUUGACUUCCCUAGCAACCUGUUGCCAGGGCACGGCUCCACGGUCACCACAGGGGCUGUAGCCACGGUGACCGAGAGUCCACUGCAGAGGCGGAGCCUAGCCGAGCUGACGAUGGCCGGCAUCCAUACAGCUUACAGUGGGAGUGAGGAUAAAACACUAUCGCCACAGUUUCAUGAGGAUGCGCUGAGCCUGACCGCGCCUCGACAAAGGAGGAGGAGGAGGAGGAAGAUCGAGAUUGAGGCAGAGAGGGCAGCCAAGAGACGUAACCUGAUGGAGAUGGUGGCUCAGCUGAGAGAGAGCCACUCUGCUACAGAGUCCCAAAGCCAGGCUAUAGAUCUCACCAAGGGUAUGCACCAUCACCACAAGGCUUCUCCAUCAUUGGCCGGCUUCCCUAGCGCUCUGGUAACAAGCCCCUCCCUCAAAGCCCAGAUGGAGUUGCUGCAGCAAGCCCCGCCCUCCGGAAACAGAGCCAAUGGUUCACUAGAGGCUGAUCUGCCAAUCAUGAGGAGGAGGCGGGGCCGCAGGAAAAAUGUGGAAGGCCUGGAGCUGUUGUUCAUGGGCAACAAGAGAGCAGGAGGGGAUGACGGUGAUGGGACAAAGGUUUCAGGUGUGGAGGGGGUUCAAGAAGCUGCCCGUGCCCAUAGGCCCCUCACCGUCCCUGAGCAGAGCCCCAGUGCCAGAUCUCUUGCCUCCGGCAGUUUGGAGGACGAAGAGGCAGCAGUUUCCAACAAAGAGCUGGGAGAGUGGCUGAGGCAGCACCCGACUUACACCAUGGACAUGACUGGAUUCACACCAAAGAGUGAGGAUUUAUUGCUGUCUCAGUUUUCUAAGCCCAAGCAGAAACGCCACCGCUGUCGAAACCCCAACAAGAUCGACAUCAACACCCUGACUGGAGAAGAGAGAGUGCCCGUGGUCAACAGACGCAAUGGACGCAAGAUGGGCGGGGCCAUGGCUCCACCAAUGAAGGAGCUUCCCCGAUGGUUACUGGAGAACCCGGAGUAUUCUAUCGCCCCUGAUUGGACAGACAUCGUGAAACAGUCGGGUUUCCUCCCAGAAGCCAUGUUUGACCGCCUUCUGACUGGCCCUGUAGUCAGAGAGGAGGGCGUUCGUCGUCGAGGGCGACGACCCAAAUCUGAGAUUGCCAAGGCAGCCGCCGCCGCCCAGGCAUCAGCAGCAGCUCAGGCUGCCCAGGUAUCACUGGCCUCUGCUGCUUCAUCUGCAGGAGGAAUCAACCCUCUGCUGUUGAGCAGUCUGUUUGGAGGGAUGGACCUGUCGUCCCUGCAGAGCCUCCAGUCUCUUCAGUUGGCUGCUGGUCUGAUGGCCUUCCCCCCCCCCACAGACCCCACACAGGUAGCUGCCAGCGCCGCUGCCUCCAUGCUGCCCCUCAUGUUGCCCGGUAUGGGUGGCCUGCCCAACAUGGCCGCUGCCCUCCCCAACAUGUUCAGCCUAGGUGGGAUGUUGGGUGGUAACCUUGCGACGUUCGCAGCUGCUGCCGCAGCAGCAUCAAGCUCCAUGGCUGCUGCAUCGCAGAACAUCAACGGAACAAUGGAGGGAGGAGAGAGUGAUGAGGCGGUGACGACAAAAAGGAAGCGAGAUGGAGAGAACAAAGAGGGCGAAGACUAUGAAGAGGUGGGAGACGAGGAAGAGGCUGACAAUAAUGAGAAAGCAGUGAAGAAAGCGAAGAAGAGGAGGAGAGAGAAAUCAGUUAAUGUCACUGGAGCUUCUCAGAUCCCAACUGCUGAAUCGUCAGUUGAGGCAUCCAUCAACGGUGACGCUGCUGCCCUGUUAGCUGCAGCCGGCAUGUCAGCCAAUUCCCUGGCGUUCAACCCCUUCCUCCUCUCCACCAUGGCCCCCGGCCUCCUAUACCCCUCCAUGUUCCUACCUCCAGGCCUCGGAGGGCUCAGCCUGUCCGGCUUCCCCACCGCCUCCACCCUGGCCGAGCUGCAGAGCGCCAUGGCUGGAGCUCUGGGGGGCAGCGCCUUGACCACAAACCCCCCGAGAGACGAGGAGAGGAUGGGGGGGCUUAAAGCUACAGUAGAAGAGGAGGAGGAGAUGGAGGGAGGAGGAGAGAGUGACUUGGCUGAGGAGAAAGAGGAUGAAGCGGAGGAGGAGGAGGAGACAAGAGGCAACGAUUCAGCCCUGGAGGAUGGAGGGAUGGGAGAAGAGGAGGCGGAGGAGGCGGAGGAGGCGGAGGCAGUGGCAUCUCCACAGAAAGGACAAGAGUGAAAUUAAAGUGACUGGCCUUGGACAUUUCCUCACCUCUGACCUCCCCCCUCUCUUCCCCCUCACCACGUUUACACGGCUCCACCAGAAAUAUCCAAACUAUUAUGAAUCCUGUUUUUUUUCCCUUUUACAUUGUUGUUGAUGAUUUCUCUCACUAUUUGUUGUUGUUUUUUGACCAGGUAUAUUUACUAUGCGUCAGAGAGAACGAAGUGUGUGUGUGUGUGUGUGUGUGUGUGUGUGUGUGUGUGUGUGUGUGUGUGUAAGUGUAAGUGUAAGUUAAAUCUCUCUGAUUGAUAGUUUAGUCAGGGAAAAUCCUCACAGCCUCUCGCUCAGAGCUCGGCUCCUCAUCAAAGACUUUCUAUCUGGUUGGCCUGUGAACAGUGCACACAAACUUUUCUCUGCCGCAAUCCUUCAAAUAGGACAUCGCAAAGUUCCAAUAGUGCUAUUAUUAUUAUUAUUAUUAUUAUUGCUGCUUUCAGCUCUCAAAUCUUUCUUUUUUUCUUUUUUAUUCCCUUUUUGUCUGGACUGUUUCGUUGAUAGCAGCAUCUCAUCGGAAAGAGAAGAGACGCCCACUGGUGGCGCUUUCUCUAUCAUCGCUUCUCGAAAAAUGGCAAUACAGCUAACCCGCCUGUCUGUCUGACAACGCUGCUGCGAAAGGAAUUGUGGGUAAUGGAGUUUAAAGUGUUCUGUUUCAGAGCAGAUUUUUAUUUCUUGCAUAUCGGACCACGUAGACUCUGAGGAGGAAAAGGAAACGAGACUGACCUAAAACUCAGUCUCACACACUGACUACCACAACACGCAUACUUGAUCAUUAGCCGCACACUCACACAUCCAGAUGUCCACCACUACACACACACUAAACCCCCCCCCCCCCCCCCCCCCUGUCAUGUGACUGCUUCUGGGGAGGACUCGUCCCUGCAGCAGUUGUCUUUGAGUGUGUGUGCGUGCACACUGAACCAAUACUGUUAAACCCAGUCCCACACUGUUUGAAUACCAGUCUUGAGUCUUUCCACUGCCACACCUUAAUCCUGUCUCUCUUUUCGAGGCGGCUGGUUUCGGCUCAGGAGUGGCAGGCGGGCUGGGUCUGCCACCGAAACCAGCCGUCCCCGUUUGGAGGAUUCUGUGAAUGGAUUUGGAGCGGUGGCCCACACAGGGAUGUGAUGUUUCAGGUUUAUUCUUUAAAGGGGGCACAUGAGAUGGUUGAAUUUUCCCGGUCGCUGCCACAUUAAAAUCCUUUAUUUUUUAGAUUUUUUUUUUUUCUUAAUUUCCCGGUAGAUUCAGACCAAGUGCUGCUCCCUAGUGACCUUGUCUUCUCUUUAAAGACCGUUUCUCUAGUCACACACACUGACACCAGGCCUGGCCAAUACAGGACUGAGACACAUUUUCAACAGAGUUGGAAAUUCACAAGUUUCUAUAUGAAGUUCAGCUCUGCUCGCUGAGUAGGUUUUAAAUACUUGAUAUGUGCAGGUGGUGCUCGAUUUGUUUCAAUUUCCGAAGGCCAGUUAAAGUGUCUGACAUAAGUCGAGCGCUGCGAGUGGUUCAAAUAUUUGAAGAUGCAUUCAAACACACACUGUGGCCAGGUCAUAUAAACAUUUGCUAUCACAGCCAGCCCGGCAGAUGCAGAGAGAGCCGGGACGGAGGGGAAGACUCCUUCCCCUUCAAGUUCCUUGUUCUCCUGUCUAAUGCUGAGACAGCAAUAACCAAGGCAGCUUUUGAAUGUUCCAACAUCACUCUCCCAACACACACACGCACACUAUAUGAAUAACCACAAGUGUCGUAUGAAUAGAAAAACUAAAACUGUAAAUGAUGACAAAUACGUACUGCAAUCAAUUUUGUCUCACUCUGUUCCUGUUGAUGCACUGGUGUUAAAGAGUUAAAAUAAUCAGGUACCUUUAUUACUUAGCUACUUUUCUUGAAAAAUGGACUUUUUGUUACUUUUAGCCAGCAAGCUGAAGAGCAUUACCUCAAAAUUCUUAUCUAGCCUUGAAGUUUACAGACAUACCAUGUAAAUGUUUUUUUCUCUUUUUUUGAUGUUUGUCUUUUUGUUUUUUGUUUUUUGGAGACAUCAUGUAUGAUGAAUUGUAGCUAUGAUGCUUUUAAUAAAAGUGAAUCAUGAUAUUCGCCUAGGAAACCAAA